AUGGCGGAAGUUGAGCCGAUGCAAAUCGACGGUGCAGAGCAGAUCAAGCCGGCAAUCGACGAGCCAGGUCAGAAGAAGAAGCAGCUGAAGAGAAAAAGAGUGCAGCCGUGUUUUCUCCCCCAAAGCCCAGAGGAAAAACACGCGAAAAUCAUUGCAUUUCGCAGUGAAAUCAACAGGCUUGUUGAGCUGUGUAGGAUUUUAGUGUUCGAAAACAGGUGGGAAUUAAAGGAAAUUGUGGAGAAAGUUCGUAAAUCAAUGAACAGUGUGAUUGCGUGCUUAAUGGAGGAAAGUGACCUUCCUUUAUCUAGGUUAGUUGAUGAGAUUUUUGAGAGAGUUAAUGGCGUUAGUGAUGGUGUUAGCAAGGCUUCUGUGAAGAGUAGUGUGCUUAUAAUUGGGCAGAGACUGUGUUAUGGGGUGAUUAGUGCCGAUGCUGAUGUUUUGGAAGAUGAUUCUGAGUCAGCUCUUUGGUGCUGGGAGACAAGAGAUUUGAAGUUGAUACCAACACUAAUUCGUGCCUCUCUGAAAGUUCGCCGCACUUGUCGGAAAAAGAUCCAGGAUAGGAUUAUGGCUGUUUCUGCUAUGAUAAAUGCCCUGGAAAAGUCAGAAGAUAGUCCAAGUUUUGUGCAAGAACUGAUGAAAGCUUCAGCGAAACUCAAUAAAGUUUUUAAUGAAGAUGAUAUUCGGCUGUUAGUGGAUAACAUGACACAUAAAGUUGGUUCUGAAAUAGCUGAAAAAGAGAACACGGGAGAAGAAAAACUGUUAAUCAAGCAGAUGGAGAAAAGCAAAUGUGAAAAGGAGAAAGAGAGGAAGAGGAUAGAUCUGGAACUUCAGAAUGAAAAAUUGCAUAGUGAGAAAGAGCUAAGGCGGUUGCAUGAUGAGGCAGAAAAGGAAGAAAGGCGGCGCGAGAAAGAAGAAACUGAAAUUCAGAAGCAGCUGAGAAGGCAGCAAGAGGAGGCCAACAAAGAACAAAGGCGUAAAGAAAAGGAAGAAGCUGAGUCAAGAAAACGUCUGGCUCUCCAAAAGCAAGCGUCACUCAUGGAGCGUUUUCUUAAGAGAAACAAAACUAAUUCUUCGUCUCAAAAGGACAGCCCCAUGACCAAUGUAACCACAUCAGGUUCAUCUUCGAACAUGCCUGAGAAAAUGCCCGGAUCUGUUACUGUAACAAUGGAUUCAAUAUUGGCCCACAAUGAUGGAGCUCAAGUGGAAGUCAUACGGAGUUCACACUUAAAUGCCUGGCAUGGCAUUGGACGCUUGAUGCAGUUGAACAGGAAAAUGCAUUGGGGCAUACGUCAGAAGCCAAAAACCGAGCUGGUCAAGGAAUUAAAGCUUACUACCAACAAAGAACUGUAUUGUGAUGGGGACUUGAACGAGGAGAAUCUUGAUGUUGGAUGGGUUGAUUCCAAUGCUGACAGAACAUCUUCUCAUCUGAACACUGAUGAUAAUCCUCUUCCCUGUGAUAGGAAGGGCAUUCGAGCUAGGAAGUUGUUGCAGUUUGAUAAGAGCUAUAGGCCUGCGUUUUAUGGGGUUUGGCCCAAUGCAAGUCAAGUUGUUGGUGGACGUCAUCCUUUUGUGAAGGACCCUGAUAUUGACUAUGAGAUUGAUAGUGAUGAGGAGUGGGAAGAGGAUGAACCUGGUGAAAGCUUAUCAGAUUGUGACAAGGAUGAGGAAGAAAAUAUGGAAGGACAUGUUAAGGAUGACGAUGAGGAUGAAAGUGAAGGCGGGUUCUUUGUUCCUGAUGGAUAUCUGUCAGAGAAUGAGAGUAAAUUGCGGGAAAUUUCGGAGUUCUCUGAUAACCGUUGGCAGGUUAAGAAAGAAAUUCUGAGCAAGUAUGGCCUAUCUGUAUCACCAGAAAGAAGUUUCCGAAAGACGAGGACAAUAGCGUCAUUCUUGAAAAGAUGUCUGCCCCCGUCUGGAAAUAGUACUGAAAGCUUAUGUGGAACAUCUCCACAGUCUUCACAGAAAAAUGAACCCAGUGUUGUUCCAGCAAAGCUGCUUAUGGAAGAACAUCAGUGA